GGACAGACGCACGCGCCGCCGGACCCUCCGCGGCCAUGGCCGAACACGCCGCUCGCCGCUGCUGCCUGGGCUGGGACUUCAGCACGCAGCAGGUGAAAGUUGUUGCUGUUGAUGCAGAGCUGAACGUCUUCUACGAGGACAGUGUGCACUUUGACAGAGACCUUCUAGAAUUUGGGACUCAGGGUGGAGUUCAUGUUCACGAGGAUGGGCUGACAGUGACUUCUCCAGUCCUGAUGUGGGUUCAGGCUUUGGAUGUCAUCUUGGAGAAGAUGAAGGCUUCAGGCUUCGACUUCUCUCAAGUCCUCGCCUUGUCUGGGGCAGGCCAGCAACAUGGAAGUGUAUACUGGAAGACUGGGGCCAGCCAGGUGCUGACAAGCCUGUCACCAGACCUCCCGUUACGUGAACAGCUGCAGGCCUGUUUCUCCAUCAGUGACUGCCCAGUGUGGAUGGACUCCAGCACCACAGCCCAGUGCCGCCAGCUGGAGGCCACUGUGGGUGGGGCCCAGGCUCUCAGCUGCCUCACCGGGUCCCGCGCCUAUGAGGUGGGCAGCGGCCACCACAAGCUGGGGACUGAGGCUGGUCCGGGGAGAAAGCGUUUUACAGGAAACCAAAUCGCAAAGAUUUACCAGCAGAACCCUGAGGCCUACUCACACACAGAGGCUAUUUCCAAAGAGGAGGGAAAGAAUGGAAUUGUGGGAAAGAGAAGUCGGGGGCUCUCCUGUCCAGAAGGGGUGGAGAGAAUUUCUUUGGUCAGUAGUUUUGCUGCUUCCCUAUUCCUUGGGUCUUACUCCCCGAUUGACUACAGUGAUGGUUCUGGAAUGAAUUUGUUGCAGAUCCAGGACAAGGUCUGGUCGCAGGCUUGCCUCGGUGCCUGCGCACCUCAUUUAGAGGAAAAGCUUGGCUCCCCAGUACCAUCCUGCUCAGUUGUGGGAGCCAUUUCUUCCUACUAUGUCCAGCGCUAUGGAUUUCCUCCAGGAUGCAAAGUGGUGGCCUUCACUGGGGACAACCCAGCAUCGCUGGCAGGCAUGAGGCUGGAGGAAGGUGACAUUGCGGUCAGCCUAGGCACCAGCGACACCCUAUUUCUCUGGCUCCAGGAGCCCACGCCUGCCCUGGAAGGCCACAUCUUCUGCAACCCGGUUGACACCCAGCACUACAUGGCGCUCCUCUGCUUUAAGAAUGGCUCCCUCAUGAGAGAGAAGAUCCGCGAUGAGUCUGCUUCCCGUUCCUGGAGCGAGUUCUCUAAGGCACUGCAGUCCACAGAGAUGGGGAAUGGCGGAAACCUGGGUUUUUAUUUUGACGUAAUGGAGAUCACCCCUGAAAUUAUUGGGCGUCAUAGGUUUAGUGCAGAAAACCAUGAGGUGUCAGCAUUCCCCUGGGAUGUGGAGAUUCGAGCACUGAUCGAAGGACAAUUCAUGGCCAAGAGGAUUCAUGCCGAGGGCCUGGGAUAUCGAGUCAUGCCCAAGACAAAGAUUUUGGCCACUGGAGGGGCAUCUCACAACAGAGACAUCUUACAGGUGCUUGCAGAUGUGUUUGGCGCCCCGGUGUAUGUCAUAGACACUGCCAACUCAGCCUGCGUGGGCUCUGCAUACCGAGCUUUCCAUGGCCUUGCAGCUGAAACAGAUGCGCCCUUUUCAGAGGUUGUGAAGUUAGCCCCAAACCCCAGAUUAGCUGCUACCCCAACCCCAGGAGCUUCUCAGGGCAACACUAUCUCUGUCUUCCAAGGCUGUUUGCUUUACAAACAUCCUUGAAAAGAUAGUCUGGAAUCAAGGCUGUCACCAGACAUAGAGAAACACCAUGGAGAAUUGUCUCCCAGCAUAUCUUGGAAGCAGAAGCUCAUGCUUUCUGGGUGACCAGAUAACCCACACACAGGUAUGCCCAAGCUUCUAUUAUUUUCUAUUGUGUGUCCUUAUGUUUAAGAGGCAACUCAGUGCAACAGAAGGAUCCUACAUUGAGAUGAAGGGCCUUUGGGUUCUGAUUCUUAUUCUGCCUCUCUCUCAUGAUGUGACAUUCAUGUGACCUUGAGCAGCACUCCUCAUCUCCGAACCUCUGUUUCUUCAUCUGUGAGGUGGGGACAACAUCUGUCCUUUUAACCUAAUUGUGAGGCUUAAAAAGAAUCCUUGACUUUAAUGGCUUUAUUACAUAACAGAAAGUCUGAAGGUAGUUGCUGGUGUUGGUUCAGUGGUUCGACAAUGUCAGGGCUCUGGGUCAUGUUCCCUGAAGUUCUCCAGAUCAGUAGUGGACAAGGGGAACAUCAUGAGAGCCACAUAUCCCAUUUUAAAUUUUCUAGUAGUCUCAUGUUCUAAAAGAGUAAUAAUAAAUAAAUGACUAAUUUUAAUAAUAUAUUUUAUUUAAUUCAACAUGUCCAAAAUAGUGUCAUUUCAACAUGUAAUCAAUAAGAAAAAUUGCCAGUGUGAUAUUUUCCUUUUUUUUUUUUUUGUAUGAAGCUUUUGAAAUCUGGUGUGCAUUUUAUGCUUAUAGCACUAGUCACAUUUCAAGUGCUCAAAGGCAUGUAUGGCUUCUGGCUUCUCUAGUGGAGAGUGUAGCUCUAGAUGUGCUCAAAACAAUCACAGGAUGUCUGCGGCUGCUCCAAACAUCACGUCCCCCACAACUGAAUUCAUAGGAGAGAGUCAGAGUGUGGCAUUGGGCAGAGUCUGUCUUCACACAUUUCUUGCUUAUCAGGGAGAGACAUACUGGUCUGUUCCCCAACUCCCCCACAGACUACCACUUAGUCAUAUGGUCAGCCUGGGCUGUAGGAAACG